CGCCAACCACCCCUCCCUUCGCCACACCGCUCAUACACGUCUUCAUUCACCUCCGGGUGCGGGACAUGGUGCUGAGUCAACCACGUCCCACGAGAGCCUACAACAAUGAGGCUCUUAAAGGGAUGCGACAAAGGCCUCCUGCUGCUGGUGCUAGCAGUGACAUGGUAUGGAGCAGGAGUGACGUGGGCCAAGAAUGCCACGACCACACCCCCCCCUGCCCCUAAACCCACCCCAACACCCACCAAAUCCACCUUGACGCCCACACCUACCCCCACGCCCAAGACCACACCUAAAUCCACACCCACUCCUACACCCACGCCCAAGACCACACCUAAAUCCACACCCACGCCUACACCCACGUCCAAGACCACACCUAAAUCCACACCCACGUCCAAGACCACACCUAAAUCCACACCCACGCCUACACCCACGCCCAAGACCACACCUAAAUCCACACCCACGCCUACACCCACGCCCAAGACCACACCUAAAUCCACACCCACGCCUACACCCACGCCUAAGACCACACCUAAAUCCACACCCACGCCUACACCCACGCCCAAGACCACACCUAAAUCCACACCCACGCCUACACCCACGCCCAAGACCACACCUAAAUCCACACCCACACCUAUACCCAAAGCCACACCCAACGCUGCUGUCAACACUAGUACUGCCAGAUCACCAAAAGCCACGCCCACAAUCACACCCAAAGCCACGCCCAACACUACAACCAAAGCCACUGCCAGACCGAAUGCUAAAGCCACUACCAGACCGAAUGCCAAAGCCACUACCAGACCGAAUGCUAAAGCCACUACCAGACCGAAUGCCAAAGCCACGCCCAGAGCCACAAGGAAACCCACAACGAACACUACAACCCAAGCCACAAGCAAACCCACUGUGAAGUCCACCCUGCUGUCCACCAACGCCACAUCCAAACCCAGCCCUGCAUCCUCGAAACCCAACUCUAAUCCGACACCUGCUGGCCUCAACACCACCACCACCUUUACAUUACGCUCCAUGGGAAAUCCCACCACCAAUGCUGUCAACACUACUGCCACUCCAGAUAUCAGACACGGGAGUUCCAAGCCCAUGAUGAUUCUGGACGUGCACCCGGAGACAGCAGAACCGGGCACCACUGUGGAGAUCAGCUUAGAGGUAUGGGAGACGGGGAGCUUCAAAUAUUACAUUGAUGCUGGCGAUGGAACACCUGUCAAGAAGGGCAUAUAUAAUGAGGAAGGAGUGUUGGUGGAUCACACGUACAGGAGCCCUGGCACUUACACGAUCCGCGCCUGGGUCAACAUUCACUUCAAGAUUUACCACGCCAGCCACAAGCAGAUCACCAUCACGGCGCCGCCUGCCCUGGAUAUGGACUUCAGCGUGGUUCCGGAUUCCAUAUUGGAGGGUACCAGUGCACUGAUCACCCUGACGGUAUCAGAGUCAGGAUCCUUCCCCUGGUUCUUGAAUUUUGGUGACGGAUCAUCAGUUGUGCAUGGAAUAUAUGACGGUGAAGUGGAGCGCAGCCACCAGUACAACAGUCCAGGCACUUACACAGUCAGCGCCUGGAUCUUCCUCCACUACGAACUUUACCAUGCAGAAGACGUUGAAAUCGAAGUUCUUCCACUCCCACAUCAGAUUCUGGUCUUGAGUGUGGAUCCACAUACAGUAGAGGUGGACGAGGACACAUUCAUUACCUUGGAGGUAUCGGAGGCAGGACCCUUCUCCUGGCUCAUAGAUUUCGGAGACGGAUCAACAGAUGCGGAAGGAGAUCACAGUGGUGACGUGGAGCGCAUCCACCGGUACAACAGUGCAGGCACCUACACAGUCAGCGCUUGGGUCAUUAUUGAUUCCACAAAGUACCACGCAGACGAUGUUCAUAUUGAAGUCACUGCACCCCCAGAUAUACAGCUGAGCGUGGAUCCACAUUUAUUAGUGGCGGGCACCAGAGCACGCAUCACCCUGCAGGUGUCAGAGGCAGGACCCUUCUCCUGGUUCAUAGAUUUCGGCGACGGAUCAACACAUCAAGAGGAAGCUCACAGUGGUGACGUGGAGCGCUCCCACCAGUACAACAGUGCAGGCACCUACACAGUCAGCGCUUGGGUCAUUAUUGAUUCCAUAAAGUACCACGCAGACGAUGUUCAUAUUGAAGUCACUGUGCCCCCGGAACUACAUUUGAUCGUGGAUCCACACUCAAUAGCGGCGGGCACCAGUGCAGUCAUUACUCUGGAGGUAUCGUACCCAGGAUCCUUCUUCUGGUCCAUCGAAUUCGGCGAUGGAUCAACAGAUGAAGACGGACCACACAGUGGUGAAGUGGAGGUGAGCCACCAGUACAACGAUCCGGACACUUACACGGUCAAGGGCCGGAUCAUCAUUGGUUCCAACACGUACCACGCAGAGGAUGUUCUUGUCCACGUCUUUGCACCCUCGCCCCCUCCCGGUCCACCAGUUACGAUCUUCAUUGACCUCGUUCCUGUCGUCGGAGGGGUGAUGGUCAGCCUCAAGAUCAAGGUAACCUCUGAUGAGAGUUACCCGUGGCCUUGGGUGGUUGACUUCGAUGAUGGAACGCCGACUGAGAGCGGGGAAAUUAUUGGCUGUCCCGAUGUCAUCUUGCUGCAACAUCGCUACCUAGUCGACUACCACAACUGCGUCAUUGUUGUUUCGGUGACACUCGGAAGCGUCACCUACAGCUAUGAGUAUCCCCUCAGUGACUACCCGCCAAACGCAUUUGGCCUCUCGGUGCCGUGGGAGGAAUCAGAUACCCAGGCUGAGGCAACACCAUCUACAUCUCCUGCCUUCUCCUUUACUCUCACUGUCAACACAAUCGGUGAUGACGCAUACACAGAUGAGGCUGUUGAUUUCAGACUGACGGCAACCUCUUCUGGCAACGCCAUUUAUGUGAUUGAUUUCGGCGACGGAUCCUACCACGUCAGAGAUAAUGAGAACGGUCCAGUCGAUGUCACUAAGGAACACAUCUAUAGCCACCCCGGAACCUACACCGUGACAGCAUCCAUGUCAGUGGAUAAUAUAAUCCUACUGAGGACAGCGACAGUGGAGGUCCUUCCUGGUGGUGGUGGCAAGCAGCUUGUGGUCAGUCGAGGCAACCCUAACUCAGAACCGGUUAACGUGUAUGUCACGGCGUACUUCGUGGACACCUUCGUUGGUGAGCCUGUCUUCUUCGCCAUCGAGCUUGUGUUACGUAAAGAGGACGAGACACCGCUUAUGAUUAACUAUGGUGAUGAUACUGACUAUUAUGCAGUGCUGGCAGAAGGAGUGACGUGCCUAGUCGUGCACCACGUAUACGACUCUCCCGGAGUGUACGUGGUGGUGGUGACGAUUCAAGCCCAUGUCAACAGGAAGGACGCUCUCUACACGCGGCAGAUCAGAGUGUGGGUGACCGAGGCGGAUGGCGAAUGUGAGGAUGACGACAAUAACGGGGCCCACGACAAUGAAGUGCUCGAGACGCUUGCUGAUCACCUCAGCUUCUACAUCGCCAUAUUGGUACUGAUUCUAGUGCUGGUACUGGGAAUGCUGAUGCUGGCGGUGCUCACAGGCCUCACCAACACCGCCCUGACAGCAGCAGUUAACGACGGGACGAAUUAAGACGUAAAGACUGUCAUGGUGGUGUUGUGGUGUUGUGGUGAUGAUGUCGUAUAGUGUGGUGGUGUGUAUGAUUUCCUUUUAGUUAAUUUUCAUGUUUCCUUAGGCUGAUCAUUGUCCAGUCUUCUAAACAAGGUGUAUAGACAAGCUGGAUGUGUUGUAGGUCUGCUGUGGUAAGGACUCAAGCCAGAGGUCAGUCAGUUAUGGCCAAUACACCACAGAGGCAUUGUACAAAACAUAUGCGAAGAAGGGAAAUAGAAAGAAAAUUGUGAAGAUAAAUGGGGGAAAGAAAGAAAAGAAGCUAAGAAGAGUAAGAAAAUGAAAGAAAGAAAAAGUGACUGAAAUAAAGACAGGGAAUGAGUAGAUAAUCAUGAAAAGGAAUCGAGAAAAAUAAGACUGAGAAAACUGAAAAAAAGAAUUGUAGUAAACUAAACUCUCUCUCCUAAAAAAAAUAAAAGAAAAGAAGAGUCUAGUUUUGCUCUCACCCCAACACACACACACACACACACACACACACACACACACACACACACACACACACACACACACACACACACAAACACUCCCACCCCAACACACACACACACACACACACAUCAUAACAAAGACACAUUUCAGGGAUCAGUCGUAAUAGAUCCAUUAUUUAUUUAUUGUUGUCACUCUGCACCAUUAUUUAUCCCUUGACUUCCUCCAUAUUUACAAUGCUGCAACCGCUGUCUUUCUCUCUUCGUCUCUCAUGAAUAAGCAUUUACGUAGUCACCGUGUGUGUGUUUCAUUUAUGACAUUCAAUUUUGUCUGUCUGUCUCUCUCUCUCUCUCUCUCUCUCUCUCUCUCUCUCUCUCUCUCUCUCUCUCUCUCUCUCUCUCUCUCUCUCUCUCUCUCUCUCUCUCUCUCUCUCCACUCCUAUAUCCUUUAAUAAAAAUGGAACGAGGAAAGUUGUAAAGAAACAGGACGACAAUAAAUGCAUGAAAAACUCA